CCAAAUGUGUGCGCAGUCAUUUUAGUGAUGUUUCUCUUUGGUCUCCCGAUGUGUACGAGCUCUGGGUUCUACAUCGUAGAGUGUAUGCACUCAUACACGUGCAACCUGAGCCUUCCUCUUCUUGGGAUCUCACACAUCGUCCUCGUCUGCUAUGUAUUUGGAUUUGAUGAUCUGAUGACAAUCAUAAGACAGGAGUUGAAAGUCAUAGUUCCUAAAUGUAUUGAAUGGUACCUGAGGUUGGCACUGAAGUAUGUUUCUCCUGUGGCAUUUUGUGGCCUUGUCAUAUGUGCAGCAAGAAACACCGAAUUCCAUGCCCUGGGGGACCACACACUACCUGGCAUGUACAACCCCCUAGGGUGGAUCCUGUCCAUCUCCCCAUUUCUCCUGGUGCCGGCCUUCGCCAUUUACAAGUACAUCCAGUUGAAAGAUAAGGACUGGCAUUUGCUUCUGAGACCAACUCAAGAUUUCCUUCCAGCGUACUUGAGGGAGCAUUCUAACAGGCCAGACAUGUAUAUAUUAGCAGACUACUGAAAGCACCUUGCUUAUUGUCAGCAACAAUUCUACAAGGAUUUGAGAGGCAAGCAGGGAAGUCCUACUGCUAUGUAUUGUCAACAUAGACCUAGAAAUUCUCAUCUCGUUAUCACUACACUCAGACCUGACAUUCUUAGCAGACUUUGGGCCAAAACCCACUAGUCACUUCCGGCCCAACUUGUCACAGACAGCCCAGUGGUGACAAGAAUUGCCUGAUUUGUUCAACCAGCAUACAUCAUAUCACCAAAACCUCCAAGAUCCAAGGAGUCACUCUGAACACUGGACAAGACAAUUUUUCAUAGAAACUCAAAACACUUCUUCAAGCACAUUAUUCAGCAUAGAGAAUCCUGUUGAACAAAUUUGUUUUCACCUUGAAUAAAUGAGUCAUUUCAUAAUUUUUUUUUAUCAAAACCUGUUACAUUCACAAGAUGGCACAACAACCUCCCAGAUGCCAAUCAGACGAAGUGCGAUCCUUUCAAAAAACAAAGAAAGAAGUUUGGCAAUACUGCAGAUCUUUUACCAAUUGCAUUUCAAAAAACUAAGAAGCAAAUUUGGCAAUAUUGUAAAGUCAUCAUCAUUGCCACAGAAAACAAAGUGUUUUGUACUGUGUAAGAUAAUGGGAAACACACACGAUGACCUUUUUGGGCGGACUUUGUUUAAGAUACAUUGCAAUUUUAUGGCUUUGAAUUAUAAUAAAUUAUAAUCUAUGAAGAGGUUCAAUAAUAAAUAUAUUGAAUAUGUUGCUUAUUCUGCCAUUUUUCGAAAGGUUGCCAUUGGCAACACUCACAAGGGAGGCCAAGGAGACAGAAAUUUAAUGUUGCAUUUUCUAUAUGAAAUAAUUAUAAUUUACUGAGUGGUUUAUUAAAAAGACAUAAAAUUUCCAUCAUCUUCUUCCAUUGCCGAAAGUUUGCUCACUGUUGGCAACGCUGAACAACGGGGCCCAAGGAAUUGACACUGUUGCCAAGGCAAAAUGGUCGACCCAUACCAAAACAGCUUUUAUAAACCCCUCAAGGACAGCUCUGGCUGCUACCUGCGCCUCAAGACCAUCUCCACCCUCCUGAGGAAGUAUGAGGAAAAUGCCUCAAAGGUGUAUUCCCUCAUCCGGUUGGUCCCCAACUUCGAAAACUCAAGUAAGACCAAAGAUAAUGUGGGUUUUAAACUUGGCAAUAUUGAGAGGACGUGAUUCAGGGACGGGACCCCGGCAACAAGUCGGGCCAUCCCUCUUAUUUAUGAUUUAAAUAAGCCUAAUAAAUCAUUUCAAUGCAGGAAUGUUUAGUAGAAGGUUGUUUAGAUCAUGGAGUGAUUGCCAGUAAUCCUAGGGGUGUUGAGAUAGGCCUUCCCACUGUAAUAUGUUUCCGGCUUAAUUUGUUCCACAGCUAUUAAAGCAAGGACGGCCUCCCAAGUUGUCAAAAGGGGCGAGAGUUCGAGGUUAAUCCUUAAUCCUUCUACCUGACCCAGACCUUAGCAUUGUUAUUGGACCCUCAAGGUCCUGACUCCACCCCCUCAUAUCUGCAUAUCCCUUGACCUCUCUUGACCCACCUGCACUCACACUGUCUUCCUUAUUUUUCACACUUUCUCACCAUUGUUCAAAUGUCUUUUCAGGGUAAAGUAGAUGAUCAGCGACAGACACAGAGGAACUAAGUCAAAUUGCCCCUAAUGAACUCAGACCUAUGUUUUGGAAGAAGAAGAACAACAAACUUGACCGGCAGACGCUGGGUCAACAGUUGAGGUAUACUUAGGGCUGGAAAAUGCCCAUACCUGCGAAUAUCGUGUGGAGAACUUACAUGUUACAAGUUGCCCUAACCAUUUUGGAAGAUCCCUCUGUCUGGUAUAGAACUCUGGUGAUGACCUGGAAGACACAUUAUGCCGCACCACUCAGCCGAUGCUUCCCUUUUACCAAUAUCUUGCUGCUGAAGAGGCUAGUAACACAAGAACUACAUUGAGACUGCCAGAGAGUCUGACUGAUGAAGACAUUGUCUAAUGCUAUGGUGAAGGACUGCAAGUAACCCAUGUCCCUUGGCUGACGACCUGGUACAGAGCUAUGCCCACUAAUCUGCCUUUGGAAAUUUUACUUGUUACCCUAUUACAUUACCUUACCAUUACUAGUGUUUUAUGCAAGAAUGUUUUGCAGAUCUGUGUAGACUACCUUGUUGUGUGCCUGCCCUGUAGAUAGACAGUGCCACUCACUCAACUUAUGCCAGCACCAAACUUGGGAGAUUAUUUCCUGAAAUGCCAGCAACACAUAGCUCACUUACAGAACUGCAGUGCGUAGUGUUUGAUUUGAAUGCAAAUUUUAAGAGUUCAUGAUCCUCACUUUCUUAUGUCCAUAGCUCGGUUAGUAGGACCUUUAUUUUGUUUGCUUAGAAGUGAAACUUUGCCUUGUGAUUGUGAAUAACUUUUAGAGAAUUAUAA